AUGUAUAGUUAUUUAGAUAAAGAUUCAUUAUCUAUGAAGGAUAAUAGUAUUUUGUCGUUAAGUAAAUAUGCUGGUGAAGAAUUUGAUUUUAAUGUUGGAAUAAGAACAGUCUAUGCAGGAAAAAGAAGAGCAACUGAUCAUAGAGAAGAUAAAAAUAUCUUAUUAUUAGGAUUGUCAAAAAAAGAAAAUUAUUUAUUAAUUGAUGGAAUGUGUAAUUUUUUAUAUAAUAAUGAAUUUAAAAAUAAAAGUAGAUAUCAUGUUAGAAAUGAAGGUGAUGAGGAAUAUGAUAAUAGUGGAAUUAUAACAAGAUAUAUAUUUAAUCAAGCACAAUUAUCAUUUAGACCAAUAAUUUAUGAAAUAUCUCCCAAUAAUGAAUAUUCAGUUAUAUCCCAAGUAUCAACAAUUCUAGAAACAAUCUCACAAAUUACUUCUUUAUGUAUUGUUAUAGGCACAAAAAAAAAUGAAGAUGAAAAUUUUAUUGAAUCUAUUCAAACAAUAUUGCAUUUAUUUGCUGAAAGAUCUAUUACAAUUAACAUUUCUAUUCUUGUAUUAUUAAAUAGUGAAUCACAAUAUUUUAAUUCAACAACUCUUCCUAAAACAUUUGACAGGUUAUCAUUACACAAUAAGCAAAAAUAUUAUUUUAAUGUUGAAGCCAUUUUUUCUAAAUACAUUAUAGACUCCAAUAAUAUACCUGAAUCAUCAGAAAAAAUAUGGAAUAUUACAAUGACUAAUAUGGCAGGUUUUUUUCAUUAUAUAUCAACUGUUAACAAUAAUUCAAAUAACAAAAACAAUGAUCUUGAUGAUGGUAAAGAAAUGAAAUUAACAUCUAUUUUGUCUUCCUCAAUUGUUGGAAUAAAUGAGAUUGGUAAUGUGAAAGUAUACAAAAAUACUAGUAGUGAUAAUAAUAUUUGUACAAAUAAUAAAAAUGAAAAUAAAAUAGAUUAUGAAAAUGACCUGUUAAAGAAUCUUAUUACUAGUAGGAAAAAGAAAGAUAGUUUAACUAGUAAAAUAUCUACUUCUACAACUAUAUCCUCUGUCAGGUCGGAAGCUACCACCCUACCUAAAGACGACACUGUCAAAGAAAUAAUUAUUCAAGAUAUCAAAGAUAAUUUUUGUGAAAUUUCACUUUCUCCUAUUGAUAAAAUGGUUCAUAGUAUGAGUAAAACUACAUAUUUUAAUGGAAAUAAUGAUAUAAUUUCACAUGAAGGUGAUAUUAAUCCUACAUCUAUUUCAAAAUAUCCAUCUAUCCAAUCAUUAACAUCUCAUGGAGGUUCAAUAUUUACAAAUCAUACACAAAGUACAGUUAAAAAUAUUUACCAACCUAAUAAUACUAAUAAAAUUCUAUCUUCUUCACCAAAAAAUUCAGUAGGAGAAUUGUCUAAAAAAUAUUCAUUAAAAAGUUCAUCAUCUGGUAGUCCACAAAUAUCAAUUAAGGCUCCAAAAAGGCAAUAUACUCCAAGAUUUGAUAAUAAAUCUAAUCAGUGCCCAAUACCUGAAGAGGAUGAAGAAAACAAUUUUGAUAUAAUCUCAAACAAUCUUUCACACUCAAUUUCUCUUUUAUCAGAGACUGCUUCCAUCAAACAUAUACGUAAAAUUAAAAAUUCUAAUAAUCCAUUAUGUUCUGAUUAUGGUAGUUGUGUUUUUUACCUCAUAGCACCACUUUUUGUUAUAAUGAUAUUUUUCAUAAUUAUUUUAACAAUUAUUUUUUUAACCUAA